CGACGCCAUGUCCGCUGCAACCAAGAAGAUGACAUACGUCCGCCUGGGCAGUUCUGGGCUCAAAGUGUCCAAAAUCAUAUUGGGCACGAUGCAGUAUGGAACGAGUGAAUGGCAAGACUGGGUACUCGGCGAGGAUGAGGCCAUAAAGCACAUCAAGGCCGCCUACGAUGCAGGAAUCAACACCUUUGACACAGCUGAUAUGUACUCCAACGGAUUGUCCGAGGUAAUAGUCGGAAACGCGAUCAAGAAGUUGAAUCUUCCUCGCGACGAAAUAGUCGUUAUGACCAAGGUGUACAACGUCGUGGGCAAGACGCCCGGUGAACGGGUAUUUAAAUCUUCUGAAAACCCAGACAACCUCGGUUACGUCAAUCAAAGAGGUCUGAGCAGGAAGCAUAUCUUCCAGUCUAUCAAGCAUAGCCUUGAGCGCCUUCAGCUCGACUACGUUGAUGUUCUGCAGUGCCAUCGUUUUGAUAAGGAGACGCCAAUCGCUGAGACGAUGCAAGCUUUGCACGAUGUCGUUCAGGCAGGCUACGUGAGAUACAUCGGCAUGUCGUCCUGCUGGGCGUAUGAAUUCCAUGCUAUGCAGAAUUAUGCUAUCCAAAACAAGCUUACGCCAUUCAUCUCUAUGCAAAACCAUCACAGCCUUAUUUACAGAGAGGAAGAACGCGAAAUGUUCCCUACACUCAAGCUCUUCGGCGUGGGGUCGAUUCCCUGGUCUCCUCUCGCUCGCGGUCUUUUGACGCGUCCUUAUGGGCAAGAGACCGUUCGCGGAAAGACUGAUUUCACGAUCAACUCAUACGUACAGCAUGAAGGUGACAAGACGAUCCUCGAGAGGCUUGAAGAAGUAGCGCAGAAGAAGGGAGCUAGCAUGGCUCAGAUCGCGCUUGCCUGGUCGAUGGGCAAAGAGGGGGUGACUGCACCGAUUGUUGGAACCACGUCGCUCAGUAAUCUCAUGGAUCUGCUCGAGGCAGUAAAUAUCUCAUUGACCGAUGAAGAGAGAAAAUACCUCGAGGAACCAUAUCGGCCCAAGGGCGUAGUUGGGCAUCAUUAAAAUAGUGAAAGAACAGGUUCCAGGGAAGUGAGAGCUCACCCCGACGGCCGUGAUGCGUCCUAUUAUCGUUGUAUAAUUACGUGGCAAAGUGUAAAGUCCUUAGAUGGCACCGGUUAACGCGGUUCGUAGAUCUAGAAGGAUACGUGAUUU